GUUAAACUAUGACGAGCACGGAGUCAUUUUUCGACGGUCCUUUCGAAGUCGAGAGCGACAAGGUCAACUACACUGAUGAGGCUAUCUUUGCCACCUACUCCUACCAGACCACAAUGGUAGAGAACCGAAAUGGGAAGACGGUUGUCAUGCCUCAGACACAAAACUUCGAAUUCAAGACGGAUCGCCAGGUCCCAAGGGUGGGAGCAAUGUUUGUCGGAUGGGGAGGAAACAACGGCACCACGGUCACGGCAAGUAUAAUUGCAAACCGCCAUGGCAUCGUAUGGAACAAGAAGGAAGGAGAAGUCCGCUCGAACUACUUCGGCUCUCUCACUCAGUCCUCGACCAUCCGGAUCGGCAACAACGAGUGCGGAGACAACGUUUACAUUCCCUUCAAGAACCUUCUGCCUAUGGUCAAUCCCAACGAUCUGGUCAUUGGAGGUUGGGACAUCUGCAGCACCCCCCUUGGAGACGCCAUGAAGAACGCCAAGGUUCUUGACUAUGACCUGCAGCGCCAGGUUUACGACGAGAUGCAAAAGCUGAGACCACUUCCGUCGGUUUACUUCCCAGACUUUAUUGCCGCAAACCAGGCAGGGAGAGCUACCAAUGUCCUGAAGGGAAGCAAGCAAGAGCAGCUUGACCAGAUCAGGAAGGAUAUUCGUGAUUUCAAGUCUGCCAACAAUUUGGACAAAGUGAUUGUCCUGUGGACUGCCAAUACAGAGAGAUUUGCUGAGAUCCAAACAGGCGUGAACGACACUGCAGAGAACCUCCUUGCUGCAGUUCAGCGUGGCGAGUCAGAAAUCUCUCCUUCCACCGUCUUCGCGAUUGCCAGUAUCCUGGAAGGCGCUUCCUACAUCAAUGGCUCUCCUCAGAACACCUUUGUUCCUGGAGUCCUCGAGCUUGCUGAGGAGAAGCAGGUGUUCAUCGGCGGAGAUGACUUCAAGUCCGGACAGACCAAGGUCAAGUCUGUCCUUGUCGAUUUCUUGAUCAGCGCUGGCAUCAAGGUGAAAUCCAUCGUCUCUUACAAUCAUCUCGGAAACAACGAUGGGAGAAACUUGUCUCAACCCGAGAUGUUCCGCUCCAAGGAAAUCUCCAAGUCCAAUGUGGUCGACGACAUGGUUGCCUCAAACAACAUUUUGUACGAACCAGGAGAGCACCCCGAUCACGUUGUGGUCAUCAAGUACGUCCCCAACGUUGGAGAUAGCAAGCGUGCGAUGGACGAGUAUGUUUCCGAGAUCUUCAUGGGAGGAACCAACACCAUUGUGAUGCACAACACGUGCGAAGACUCGUUGCUUGCCGCUCCUAUCAUCAUUGACCUUGUUCUCUUGUGCGAGUUAUUCGAGAGAGUACAGCUCAAGCGGGAGGGAGCGAAGGAAUAUGAACGCUUCCAUCCGGUCUUGUCGGUGCUUAGCUUCCUUCUGAAGGCUCCUUUGGUCCCACCUGGAACUCCAGUUGUCAACGCGCUCUUCACCCAGAGGCAAUGCAUGGUGAACAUCAUGAGGGCUUGUUUGGGUCUUGCUCCCGAGAACAAUAUGCUCCUUGAGCACAAACUUAACCGCAACUGCAGCAUGUAGACGUGCGAAGCUUCCUAGGUAGCAAGACAGAGACAGACAGGAUCAAAAGUCUCUCGCUCUUGCAUCCUUGUGUUUUACCUUAAACUAGAGAACCAACCUUUAAUGAAAGCCACAAAUAC